AUGUACACAGCAGAUACCCUUUCCAGAACGCCUAUUGAAGGUCAGAAUUCCACAACAGAAAAUGAUGUAGAAACAUACGUUGAUGGUGUUAUUUCGUCAAUCCCAGUAAGUGACCAGAAACAAGAAGAAAUCUGCAAAAGUACAGCAGAAGAUGCAGUGAUGCAAUCUCUUGUAAACACAAUAUUGAAUGGGUGGCCAGAAGAAAGGUCACAGUGCCGAAAAGAGUUGAUACCUUUUUGGAAUUACAGAGAUGAACUAUCAGUCAUUAAUGGAAUGGUGUUUAAAGGAACGCAAGUUGUGAUUCCAGAUAAGAUGCGUUCUUGCAUUCUUGGGAAAAUUCAUGUAGGACACUUGGGUAUGGAAAAGUGCAAGCAGAGAGCUCGAGAAGUAGUUUUCUGGCCUUGCAUGAACCAGGAUAUUGUCAAUAUGGUAAAACAGUGUGAAACAUGUCAAGCUAAUCAGAAGCAGCAAAUGGCUGAACCUCUACUCACACAUCCAUUGCCAAUGCGACCAUGGCAAAAAGUAUCGACAGAUUUGUUUGAACUCGGGAGAAAAGACUACAUUGUUAUUGUUGAUUCAUAUUCAAAUUAUCCAGAGGUGAUAGGACUGUCAAGUCAGUCGAGCAGCUCGGUGAUACUAGCAAUGAAAACUACAUUUGCUAGACAUGGCAUUCCGGAAGAAGUUCUCAGUGAUAAUGGACCGUGCUACAGUAGUAUGGAAUUCGCUCAGUUUUCAAAAGAUUGGGAUUUCCAACAUGUUACAAGUAGUCCGAAAUUUCCUCAGUCCAAUAGACUGGCUGAAAAAACGGUUCAGACUGUUAACCUUUAG